AUGGAAAAGUUGGAGAAGUUAGGAUGGGGAAUAUUUGAUCCACGAUACACUACUGUUGUUGCUCUUUUUGGUGAAUGUACGGAUAAGAGGCAUGUGUGGUUAACCAUUGAUCCAGCUAUUUGUGAGAAUUGGGUCAAGACUGUUGGAGCACAUUAUGGAAUAUUGCUUAUGGAUUCGGAUGAAGAAAUUGCAUUUUUCAUUUUACUAUGUUGCUAUUGGUUGAAUCUAACAUCCAAUAGAAUUGGAAGGGCAAUUGAUAACUAUUCGGAAAUGAGCGGUCAUCAACAUACACAAGAAUUGUUACAUGGAACUUCUACACAAUGUCAUGACCUGAUGCGUCUUUCACGUGAAGUGUAUGUACUUUUAUGCAAUCAUUUUAGACAAAACAAUUGGUUGCAAAGUAGUAGACAUAUAAGCGUUGAAGAAAAGAUGGCUAUGUUCUUGACAACUAUAACACAUAAUAAACGAUUCAGGAUUAUCAACCGAAGGUUUCAACACUCUACAGAAAUUGUUCAUAGAUGCUUUCAUGAGGUGCUAAAUGCAAUGAUGAUUUUCGCAAAAGAAGUUAUAGUGCCAACGAAUUCAAAUGCAACUGUCAAUUCCUCAGAGAGACAUCAUACGCUAAAAGAAAUAUUUCCUGGAGCAAUAGGUGCGUUAGAUGGAACUCUUGUACAUGCAGUGGUGCCUGCUGAUCAACAAACUCGCUACAGGGGAAGAGGAAAAGGUGAAUGCUUUCAAAAUGUGUUAGGAAUUUGUGAUUUUGAUAUGAUAUUCACAUUCGUAUGGGCCGGGUGGGAGGGCAUAACACAUGAUUUGCGAGUUUUGAAAGAAGUUGCAUUUAACCCGACUUCAGGCUUUCCAUUCUCUCCUCCAGAUAAAUAUUACGUUUGCGAUGCUGCAUACACCAACACUCGUGGAUUUAUGGCUCCUUACCGCAACACGAGAUAUUGGUUAUCCGAUUAUCGACGGCGACGUCCGUUAACUAAGGAAGAAAAAUUCAAUCAUGCACAUGCGCAACUCAGAAAUGUUAUUGAACGUGGAUACGGUGUUUUGAAGGCGAGAUUCCCAAUCCUAAAGCAAAUGGCUCCUUUUCCAUUUUCAGUGCAAAGAGAUAUAGUCGUCGCUUGUUUUGCAGUCCAUAAUUUCAUAAGGAAAUGCGAUAUUCAUGAUGAGUUAUUUAUGGCGUUCGAGGAGAACAAUGGUCACACACAAGGGGGAGAGAAUGAUGGCCAAAAUAUAAACGAUAUGGAAUGA